UGCCCGCGCCGGCGGCGGCGGCUGCGGCCCCACCAUGGGGCUGAAGCCCUGGCAGAAGGCGCUGUUCCCGCUCCGCUCCGUGGCCGCCGUGGUGCGGCUCUUUGAGGCCGAGCUGCGGCAGCCCGAGCCCGACCUGGUGCUGCUCUCGCUGGUGCUGGGCUUUGUGGAACAUUUCCUGGCCGUCAACCGUGUCCUCCCCACCAACGUCCCCGGGCUCACCUUCGAGUCGCGGCCCGGGCCGGACCCCCAGACCCGCCUGUACUUCCCGGUGGCCGAGCUGUCCAUCGUGGCCGCGCUCUACGCCCGUUUCACGGCGCAGAUCCGGGGGGCCGUGGAUCUGUCCCUGUACCCCCGGCCCGACGGCUGCUCCUCCCGGGAGCUGGUCCGGAAAGUGUCCGAUGUCAUCUGGAACAGCCUCAGCCGCUCCUACUUCAAGGACCGGGCUCACAUCCAGUCCCUCUUCAGCUUCAUCACGGGUACGAAGCUGGACAGCUCAGGUGUGGCCUUUGCCGUGGUGGGGGCCUGCCAGGUGCUGGGGCUGCCGGACGUGCACCUGGCCCUGAGCGAGGACCACGCCUGGGUGGCCUUUGGGGCCGGGGGGUCCCAGACUGCCGAGGUCACCUGGCACGGGAAGGGCAACGAGGACAGGAGGGGACAGCCCGUGCAGGCCGGGGUGGCCGAGAGGAGCUGGCUGUACCUGAAGGGCUCGUACCUGCGCUGCACACGGCACAUGGAGGUGGCCUUCAUGGUGUGCGCCAUCAACCCGUCCAUCGAUGGCCACACCGACAGCCUGGAGCUGCUGCAGCUGCAGCAGCGCCUGCUGUGGCUGCUCUACGACAUGGGGCACCUGGACAGGUACCCCAUGGCGCUGGGGAACCUGGCUGACCUGGAGGAGCUGGAGCCCACCCCCGGCAGACCCGACCCCCUCACCCUGUACCACCAGGGCAUCCACUCUGCCCGCACCUACUACAACAACGAGCACAUCUACCCCUACCUGUACCUGGCCGGCUUCCACUGCCGCAACAAGAACGUCAAGGAGGCCCUGGAGGCCUGGGCUGACACGGCCACCGUCAUCCAGGACUACAAUUACUGCCGUGAGGACGAGGAGAUCUACAAGGAAUUCUUUGACGUGGCCAACGACGUCAUCCCCAACCUGCUCAAGGAGGCGGCGGCCGAGCCCCCCCCGGGGGCUGAGGGGGCCCCCGGGGGUCUCCCAGCCCUGCAGGACCCCGAGUGCUUCGCUCACCUGCUGCGAUUCUACGAUGGCAUCUGCAGGUGGGAGGAGGGGAGCCCCACCCCAGUCCUGCACGUGGGCUGGGCCACCUUCCUCGUCCAGUCCCUCGGCCGCUUCGAUGGCCAGGUGCGCCAGCAGGUGACCCUGCUCUCAGAGGACCCUGCCCCCCCCGAGGCGGAUUUGGGGGGCCCCGAGGACCCCCGCGAUUGCCGCCGCCGGGGCCCCCGCCGCGAAUCCAAACCCGAGGAGCCGCCCACCCCCAAAAAACCCGGCGAGCGCCGCCCCCCUCCCCGCGUCCCCCGGCCAGAGGAGACCCCACCACCUCCCCCUGCGGCCCCCCCGGCCACCGGGACCCCCGGGCCGGCCCCGGCCGCGCCGCAACCCCCGGGGCCGGUGCUGCGGUUCCGCUCGCAGAAGAUGAGGGGGAUGAAGGAGCUGCUGCGAGCGGCCAAGGUCAAUUCCAGCGCCAUCAAACUGCAGCUCACGGCGCAGUCCCAGGUGCAGCCGCGCCGCCCCCGAGCCCCCCCCGGCGCUUACCCCCUGCCCUUCCUCAAGAGACCCCGCAAAGGUUCAUAGGGAUCCCCAAAAAAUCCCAAAAUCCCGGCGUUAGAGCUGCCCGGGGUGCAGCCGCAUCUUGGCCUUUCUGAGUGGGCGUCGCAAACCAGUUAGGAACCCCAAAAAUCCCUGGGAGAUGCAGUGAGCCUUCCUGCCCUUCCUCAGGAGAUCCCAGAAAAGUUCACAGGGAUCCCCCCAAAAAUCUCAAAAUCCCAGCUCGGACCUGCCCCAGGUGCAGCCACUCCAACCCUCUCAACAGACUCCAGAAAAAAAAUCUUCUGGGGCCUCCCCAAAACCACUUAUG